AUGAGUAGCAACUAUGGAUUGGUGGAAGAACAGUUUCGAAAUAUUUCGCAGCAUGAUGAUAUUUUUGGUGAAGAAGAAUUAGGUGAAGAUGGAGAACCAGUAAUUCAAACACAUGUAAACGAAGAUGGAACCACGUCAAGCUAUUUUGAUAAAAGAAAAUUGAAAAUUGCGCCCCGAUCAACUCUUCAAUUUAAAGUGGGUCCUACCUUUGAAUUUGUUGGUAAUUACUAUAAGGUUACUGAGAGGUACACGGGGAGAGUAUUAGAUCUUUCCAUUAUACCUAGAAUUGAUCGAGGAUUUGACUUUAUCGAUGGAGAAUGGGUUGGAUACAAAAGGAACUAUUUCACAUUGGUAUCCUCUUUUGAAGCCUUAGGCUGGGAUUUAGACGAAUUUUUAAACAGUUGUUUUGAGUUACACGGAGAUACAGGUCAACGUUGCCACAUUAAAUAUUUUGCCAUUAAUAUUAAGGCAAAAAGUGAUGACGAUCAUACAGAGAUUAGCCUAGUACAACAUACUGCGAAAAGAGAUAAAGGUCCCCAGUUCCCACCAGCAAUGGCACCUUUAAUCCCAUCUGCAUUACCAAAUCAUCAAAUCAUUAGGGAAGCAUCUAAUGUAAGAAAUACGACGAAGAUGAAAAAAUACGAUGCAACUUUCUAUUUUCACAGGGAUGACCCAGUUAAUUCCACUGCGUAUAGUGAAAAAAGCGUAAUUAAUUCUUAUCCAGGCGAUUGUAUUCAAAGAGUUGCUCGUUAUGAAAGGGUUCAAUUUGCAUCUUCAAUCAACCUUAAGAAACCCGCUCAACAAAAUAGGCAUUUCAGAUUACAUGUAGUGUUGGGUGCUAUCAUACCAAAAGGCUUUAAUCAUUAUCAUCAUGGUUCAGACGGAAUUCAUGGCGAUAUUGUAGAAACCGGCAUCGAUGCACAGAGAGAUUUAUUUAUUCCUUUGCAAGAGGUGAGAACACCCCCACUAAUCAUUAGAGGAAGAUCCCCUUCGAAUUACACUUCUUCACAAAGAAUAUCUGUAAGAACCUCAUCUUACAAUUGUUCCUACAAACCAGAGCCCAGUGUCAGUAUAGGUCCACCUAACCCGAUGUUAGCAUCCCAAAAUUCGGCCCCUUCACAAACACCAAUGACUAUUUCACCAAAUAAGCCAAGGCCAGGAAGGCCAUCCAAGAGAAAAUCACGAGUACUCUAUGUACCUCCACCGUUAGGAUCACCACCACAACCAUUACCACAACUAUUGGAACCCCCACUGGCAGAACUUCUUCAUGAAGAACCACCAUCUGCUGCAGUUCUCAGUAUCGCUAAAAAAGUUGAAACUUUGGAAAACAUUGAGAAUUUUUUCCAUACUCAAGGUCCACUUGCUUUGAAAACUCUUGAUCACCAAAAUUUUAACCCCGACAUGGAAGAUAAAACCUAUAAACCAACAUUGCUCUCUAGGCAAAAUUCUGUCGAUCCCAGAGAUAUUGAACUAAAAUGCGAUAAAGAAUUCCAAGAGAAUUUGCGAACCGUGGGACCUCUUCAGAUAUUAGCCACAUUAAAAUCACAAAAUUCUAAUACUGGUAAACCAGACGAUAACAAUAAAAAUAAUUAUGCUGAUGCAGGCGUCAGCAGAAAAAAAAGAAAACUAAAUGGAACAUCUACCACUACUGCAUUAGAAUUAUCUCUAGAGGAUACGAAGGAAUUAUUUGAUGACGAUGCCCUAAAGACAAAUGUAAAUUAUGCACAAUCGGAUUCUCCUGUUAGUCCACUUUCUUCACGAAAUAUAGAACCCAAUCCAAUGGAAGAAUUAUCAUUUGGUGAAGGAUUAAAUUCAAUUUCAUUUUCACUUUUAGCGGACUCAUCUUCCAAUUAUUGUCACGUACCUAAUACUACGUUAUCCGAAAUGGAAAAUGUACCCCGGAUCUUUGACAGUAGAGUAAUCGGUGCACAAGAUACGUCUAAUAGAAAUGAUCACAACGAUUAUAAUAAAGAUUCCAGUCGAGAACAAACAACUGCGGGUAUGUUAGUAUCAAAAGAGGCCCGUGAUGCAAUGAAUGGAUUACCUUCACAAAUGGCAGAUAUGGGUGAACUCUAUGAAGAGCUCAGUUUCUACAGGCAUUGA